GAAAUUGGGCGAGACGUGCGGUGCCGGGAAACGGACGGGCCGCUGCCAUCUAUCCAUCCAUCCAUCGCUUCUCGUCUCCCUCCCGGCGCCUUUCACAUGCUGCUUUCCUCUCCUGCCCGCGAAACAGAAAUUAGGCCUUGCCCAGCUGUACACGCCCACAAAAAGGAGAGAGCGGGCCAGGACUUAACCCCGCGAGUCACCCGCCUCCCGCCCGGACGGACACACACACGCACACACACAUACCUCGUCGGACCUCGUCGGUUCCUUCCGCAGGAGAUCGGCAUGGGAGCUGAGCAGCAGCAGCAGCAGACCGCCGGGGGCAGCAGGUUCGCCGCGGCGUUUGGCCUGCUGCGCCAGUACAUGAAGGACCAGCCUGGGGGCGGCGUGGUCACCGUGGGCCUCAUGCCGGGCGGCGGCGACGGCGUCGAGGCGGUCGCGCCGGAGGAGAGGAUCCGGACCAUGGAGCUCUUCCCCCAGCAGGCCGGCAUGGUCAGGGACUCGCGCGAAAGGACGGGGCCGGAGAGGGCGCCGCUGACCAUCUUCUACGCCGGGAGGACGGUGGUGUUCGACGACUUCCCCGCCGAGAAGGCCAAGGAGCUCAUGCAGCUCGCCGGCUCCUUCGGCGCGCUGCCGGCCGCCUCCGACGCCGGCGCCGAGCCCGUCUGCCAGAACGCGCCGGGGCAGCCUUGCUUUGCAGGUACGGAUCGCGCGACACUUUGUGAGCUGCCGAUCGCGAGGAAGGCGUCGCUCCAUAGGUUCCUGGAGAAGAGGAAGAGCAGGCUGGCCGCGGCAGAUCCGUACCCUGCGCCGGUGGCGGCGCCAGGGGCUGGGACGGCCGGCAAGCCUGUGCCGGAGGACGGCGGCGCGCCGUGGCUCGGCGUCAACUCCGCGCUCCAGCUCAACUGAAGGAUUUGACGAGCCGGGGAGAGGAACAAAUCACUGCCUUGCUGCUUCUCCACGUAGUAGUAUAUACAGUACUACUCUACUACUACGUGGAUCCUUGAUUGUUGCCGUUUUUAUCUUACUACCACGCCCGUUAAUUGGCUGCGUCAGGGUAAUUAACUGCGUGGCGCCGGCUAAAUAUAUAUCCUGGGUUAAGUAGUAUAAGUAUGUUCUUCAUCUGUUUGAGAAUUCUUUGGUGUCGAAUAAAAGAAUUCUUUCAUGCUGAUGGGAUGAAUUUGUUACUGUAUGCGAGUAUUACUAAUUACCUAGCUUAGCUUCCUAAGCUGUAUUAAAUGUAGCGAUGACCCGCAAUAAUGCUAUUUUUUACUGGUAUUUUUUUA